GUAUGAUGAGUAACGCGUUAAUAUGCCAGGCGCAUUAUUGCAGUCAGAAUAAUGCAGUCAUACAGUAUUCCCGCCGUCUCUUCAAGAAGAAAGCUGCGCUAAAUCGAAAAAAAAACUUUUUUUUUUUUUGCUCCCUUCAAGUUACCGUGUUUGAGAAGGGUUCGGUUGAAAAAUUUAGGUAAAAAUCAUAAUAUCCUCACAUUCAUAUGCGUUAGGUACCUAGGCACGCGGUCACCGCUGUACCCUAGGAGCUGUCACAUAUGUCAUCGGAGGAGCGUGGUUUGGUGACAUUUCCUGUGCCGCAGAGCAGCAGCUUUCUCUGCAGUAGUGUAGUCGUCUGGGUUCUAUCGUUUUUCGAAACCCAACGUGUACGUACACGAACCGUCAUUUUCGAUCGCCCGAUCGGGUGGACCAAACUAUGCCGUUCCCUUUGCUCCUGGUUUCUUCUAGUCAUCGUUCCAGAAGGAUGCAAGAGGAAACCCAACGAACGAUUCAGAAAGCGGCUGAAACUCUGCAAUCCCAUCAGGUCUCGUGAUUUCCAUAGGGCUGUCAGAAAUACGUACAGUAAAGUAGAUCGAUUGAUCGCCAUUGCUCACAGUCUGACAGAAAAUGGUCAGAAUCGAAACAAUGUUACCCACCACCGACACCACCACCACCACUACUACCACUUCGAUGCUCGCUUCGCACUAAAGCGUAUCGCCAUAUCCGCUGCACAUUGACGACAUGUACAUUAGGCUAUUCCGUGCCCUUGAGCCUCCGUCGCCGUCUAAAUCUCUUAUUAAAUGCAACGGCCCGGCCCGUCGC